UUAACACCCUAAAGAUCUUCAUCGUGACGAACCGUUAGACCUCCCACAAGGUUACGACGAUCUUUUUGUUUGUCAUUAGUUGGUUAGAAGGUUAAAGUCAACCCUCUCCAAGCGAUAUCGAAUAGGUCUAAUCAUGAAGAUUUGAGCUAAGGGUAGAUGUUUUUGACUAUGCUCAACUUAGUCACCGUCGGACGUCACAGCUGAGCAGAGUGUAAACAUGUCGACCAUUAGUUUGGGUAGGUUAGUGAUCUUGGCAGUAAUUAGCGGAUUGGUGGUCAGUGCUCCUCAAACAGUUCGUGAUGAGCAAGUUACGGUGAUUAAAGAAUUCAACAACCACGGGACAGAUGAGUUCAACUGGAGUUACGAGCUAAGUGAUGGUCGCCAGGUGCAGCAGAAGGCUACCGUGAAGAUGUUACCGGACGGAACCAAGCUCUUGGUGGUUGAUGGCUUCUACAGCUACGUUGGUCCGGAUGGAGUCAAGUACAGCGUCCACUACACGGCGGACGAGAAUGGAUACCAUCCUAAGUUGUCGACUGGCGAUGUUCAAAUCAUCGAGGUGCACCAGGUGGGACUUGAUCCGAAGGUGCUGGCGUCUUUAUUGGGAUGA